AUGGGUUUGUCGGCAAAAACCCGAAAAAGAACCGCUUUUGUCUGCUUCAGCCUGCUCCUCAUACUCUUUGUUUCAGUGCCGUCGAUCUUUGCUCAGGAAUCUGAAGAAGAGGAAACAACUGGGAGAAUUCAAGAUCUGGGCCGGAAAAGUAAAUUUUUCGUGGACAGACUGAAGACUGGUAUUACAGAAGAUGAGAGUGGUUCAAUCACUCUUGGUGUCCCAUUGGACUCAGGACUUGGACUAUUUGAUGCAUUUUUCGCUAGUUUUUCAAUGAUCCUCGUUAGUGAGAUUGGAGAUGAGACUUUCAUAAUAGCAGCUCUUAUGGCAAUGCGUCAUCCCAAGUCCAUCGUUUUAUCUGGUGCCCUUAGUGCCUUGUUUGUGAUGACUGUACUCUCCACUGGGCUUGGUAGGAUUGUGCCAAACUUGAUAUCAAGAAAGCAUACGAACAGUGCAGCAACAGUGCUCUAUGCAUUUUUUGGGCUGCGAUUGCUCUAUAUUGCUUGGAGGUCAGAUCCUAAAGCUUCCCAAAAGAAGGAAAUCGAGGAAGUGGAGGAGAAACUCGAGGCUGGACAAGGAAAGACAAUGGUUCGGCGAAUUUUCUCUCGAUUCUGCACCCCAAUUUUUUUGGAGUCAUUCAUCUUGACGUUUUUGGCUGAAUGGGGAGAUCGUAGCCAGAUAGCGACAAUUGCUUUGGCUACUCACAAAAAUGCAAUUGGAGUUGCCGUAGGAGCUACGAUUGGACAUCUCAUCUGCACAUCAGUGGCCGUGGUCGGAGGAAGCAUGCUGGCGUCGAAGAUCUCUCAACGCACAGUAGCGACAGUUGGUGGCUUGCUUUUCCUUGGAUUCUCAGUGUCUUCAUACUUCUACCCUCCGCUGUGA